CUCAGGUAAAGUGGGAGGCGCCUCUGUUCACUCCCCACUCCCCCUCUUUCCUUCCCUCCGUGUAUGUCAUUGUGGAUUAGCAGCUGUCGCCAGCUCAGCGCCUGACGCAUAAAGAGAGGGAGAGAGACAGAUUUAGAUCUGCGGGAGGAAGGGAUGAGAGUGUGUGUUUUUUUCGGCCCCUUGCACGGAUGAAACUCAAACGCUCCUCCUAGCGAGCGAGGAAAGGAGGAGCAGCAGCAGCAACAGUAGGAACCUUUCCUUUGGGCUGUGUGCUGGGGCUCCACUUCCUGGAGAAGCCCUCCCUGAGGGGAGUUUCGACUGGGAUCCCUGCUUCCGCUAGAGGGAGGAGGAGGAGCAGCAGCAGCGGCAGCGGCAGCAGCGGCGGCGGCGGCGGCGCGGCGGCGGCGGCCGCAACAGCAACACCUGUCCAAAAUGAAGGAUCGGUUGGAGCAGCUGAAAGCGAAACAGAACCAAGAUGAUGCCGAUGAUGACCUGGAAAUUGCCAUUGACAACACGGCUUUCAUGGAUGAAUUCUUUGCAGAGAUUGAAGAAAUCCGGCAGAAUAUUGACAAAAUUUCAGAGAAUGUAGAAGAAGCAAAAAAGCUGUACAGCAUCAUCCUAUCAGCCCCUAUCCCUGAACCAAAGACAAAGGACGAUCUAGAACAGCUCACAGCAGCUAUCAAGAAAACGGCCAACCGUGUCCGAAACAGACUUAAGAGCAUGGAGCGGAAUAUUGAGCAGGAUGAGGUUCGAUCAUCAGCUGACCUGCGGAUAAGGAAGUCCCAGCAUUCGGUUCUUUCCCGAAAAUUUGUUGAUGUGAUGACUAAGUACAAUGAAGCACAAGUUGACUUCCGGGAACGGAGCAAAGGAAGGAUUCAGCGGCAACUUGAGAUCACUGGGAAGAAUACAACAGAUGAGGAGCUGGAGGAAAUGUUAGAGAGUGGGAAUCCAUCAAUAUUCACCUCUGGGAUCAUGGACUCCCAGAUCUCAAAGCAAGCACUGAGUGAGAUUGAGGGACGGCAUAAGGACAUUCUGCGUCUUGAAAGCAGCAUCAAGGAGCUUCAUGACAUGUUUGUGGACAUUGCCAUGUUAGUGGAAAAUCAGGGAGAAGUUGUAGAUAACAUAGAACUCAACGUGAUGCACACCUUAGAUCACAUAGAGAAAGCUCGUGAGGAGACCAAAAAGGCCUUGAAAUAUAAAAGUAGGGCACGCAAGACACUCCUGAGCUCUUCCUGGUUUGCUAUCAAGACUCCCCCUCCUGAUCCUCACCACCGUGGUGUAACCUUCCCCUGCCUACCUCCAGCCUCUGGAAUUUAGUAUGAAUGGUGUCCUGCAGGAUGAGUUCACUUGUACCAGCGCUUCCUGUGAGAGCUACAUGCUGUUCCAGUUUACUCCUUGGAUAAAGCUCUGGAGCCAGAAGAUGCUAAUGUACCUUGCUGCAUCCAGGAAGCAGAGAUCGCAUGGCACUCCAGAGAGAACCUCCCAUCACAUCUGCUCCUUAUCCAUCCUUUCAUUCCUUAUCACUACACCUGCUGCCUCCAGUUCAAGAAUUUCUUAUUUUUAAGCCUACAUCCUUCAGUAAUAAUUGAUAGUACAGUGGAAUGAACCUUAAAAGGAAUUUUGGAGACACUAUUGCUACCUCAGUGCUGCCUUUUAUUUUCAGCUGUGCCCUUUUAAAUGCCUGGAUCUCUGCUGGAGACGUCAGACAUUACAUUGCUCAUCAAAAUUGCCCAGGUUAAGGGCUGGGACUUGAAAUGGAUCUGCUACAUAAGUGAUAACUACCCAACUUGUUGUAUAUCAAGGCUGGCCUUUGCUAUUUUUUUAAAAUGAUGGAGCACAUUUUGCAGAUGUGCAUAUUAGCACAUUGAGAGUCCCACAGUACAUCUUGACCUGCCAACCCUAAAGAGAGGUUGGCCUGGUAAUAGUGUUUUGGAGUUUACAGUCAAUCAAGCCCAUCUUGGAGAGGGAUAAUGGGUUAGUAAUAACAUUUAUAGUAAAUGCAUUUAUACAGCCACUCUAGGCAUGAAAACACCUGGGUAAUCAAGCCAGUGUUCCUAGAUCAGGCUGACAACUGCAUACUGCAUAGGUGGGAUACAGUCACUAGCACUCAAGCCCUCCAAAUCUGAACUGUUUAUGUUCCAUCUUCUUGGCUCAAAGGAGCAGGCGUGGCAGUAGAGGUUUUAUGCUAUGGGUGCUUGGGACUGGUCAGUGUUUGAAGGGUAAGAUGUCCUUAGAUGCUUAUAGUCGAAAACACUCCUGGGGAUAUGUGUGGCUUACACAGUGGAUAACCCACUUGUUUGGAACACAUUCAAAUUUCUGAAUGGAGUAGAAUACAAUUCCUUCCUGCUUACAAUGACUGAUUUUACUUGAGUGAGUGUAAGUGCCUGUGUGCUGAAGGCAUGGUUGUGUGUCCUCUCUCCCCUGAUUUUUUGUGUGUGUAUUUGUCUGAGGGCGUACAAACUGUGAGGAAUUGAAAAGCUUUGUUUACUUUGCAGUGUUGUGUCUUUGUACUGAGGGUUUCUAUUUUGUUUGAAUAGCCACGUAUCCUUGAAACGUCUGUUCAUAAUCUGGCCAAUUUGGUUUGCAGGGCAGGGAAACACAGACACAGAGAGAAAGUGAGUUGGUUGAUAAGACAAGCAGAUGAGACGUGCCUUCCUGAUAUCCUAACCUCUGCCAGAGAAGACCUUUUACUGUUUGAUUUAAAAGACCUCUAGCUUGUUGAAGGAGAUUUGUAUGCUGUCUUUUAAAGGUAGUCCUAGCAGUUGUUAAGUUCUUGUGGUUUUAUUUUAAAUCCCCCUUAAGGUUUGUUCCUUCCAAGCAUGACUUUUAUGUUUUUUGUCUAAGAAACCCUUCGCUAUUACUCCUAUUUGUAAGGCCUUCAGCUGUCUCACUGCUGUUUUCAGCCAUACCAGUGUUCUCCUAUGGACUUUACUCACAGAAACAAAGGGGCAUGUCUGUGUAUUUGUAAAUUAAGGCACAGAUAAAUUAGUUUGGCUAGGAAAGCAUCAUAUGAUCUAGCCUAGCAAAAGCACAGGAGAGGGCUAUUGCUAUAUCGUUGAUUCAGGCUAGUCAUGGCACGAGAGCAAGUAUUGGGCCUUUCCCUGAAAAGCAAGCACCUGUGCUGUAGUUUUUCUCACCUUCAGCAUCAAUAAGUUCACUGCAUGGAAGCCUACCUCACAGACUGAAUGAACCGCAUUCCCCCUCCUUUUUUUAAAGGGACUUCCUGGAGCUAAGUGGCAAGACAUUCCUAUGGCAGAAGGUUUUAGGUUCUGGCAGUAAUGUUUCUAUUGAAAUUUAGGAGCAGCUGCACACAAAGGUGUUCUAUAUUUAUACAAAUUCUUCACUGGAACGUUGACUGUAGCUGUUAUCUAUCCCAUGGCAGAUAAGGGCUCUUUGAUUGGAAUUAAAGAUUUGUUUCCUGGUGGAGAUGACAACUUCCUGGACACUAGCAAAAUCUGGCUGGUCCAUCUGUUGCUCCACCAUUCACAUACACUCAGCAUCUAGGUUGUCUAGUCAUUAUGGUGUAGAUAUCAUGUGAAUGCUUUCUCUGUAGUGCACUAUCACUCCUGGUUUAAAAAAAAAAGCAUUUGUGAUCCUCCUUCCUGAGUGCACAGAUGGAGCUAAGAGGAAAAGGUUUCUAGGGAUGUCCUUUCCUUUUGGCCUUGAUGUCUAUAAGUGACAGUUAAGGGGAUGGUGGAAUGAUCACCUGUGACAGGCAUCUGAUUUGCAAAGGGGGGGAACGACUGAAUUUCAAAAUAUUGAGCUGCCUGUGGACAGCAGAGAUUCUAGGAAUUUAGUUUUGUCAAAUUUCAUUUUUUAAUGAACUGUUUUUUAUUUUGAAAUAAAUUAGUUUGAUGUUCAAAUAAUUGUA